AUGAAUGAACUCCUAGCCCGAGUUCUUCAAUGGAAUGCACUAUCACCCCGAAUCGUUAAUGGAGAAGAUGCUAAAGCUGGAGAAAUUCCCUAUCAGGUGUCACUUCAAACAUACGGCUACCACUUCUGUGGAGGUUCAGUUUUAAAUGAAAACUAUGUCAUUACUGCGGCCCAUUGUGUUGUAGGACAAGAGCCUUAUUAUAUAAAAGUAGUAGCUGCUACAUUAAAAUUGAGUGAGCCAAAAGUAAAGCGGGAGAUCGAAAGAAUAAUUGUUCACAAAGGAUACGAUUCAAAGAAUUCUUGGAAGAAUGAUAUUGCUCUUUUAAAAGUCAAAAUCCCAUUUAAGAUCAGUGAUGAACUCAAGACCGUUCUUCUUCCAAAAUCUAAUCUUAUCAUCAGUGAAAAUCAGAAAGCUGUUGUCUCUGGCUGGGGAAGUCUUAAAUUCGGCGGUUAUGCUCCUGAUCAUUUGCAACGAGCGGAUCUUGUAAUUUCCGGUCAAGAAUUUUGCAGAGAAGCAUAUAAAGAAGAAAAUCUUUCGAUUCACGAUUCUCAAAUCUGUGCAUUCGAUCCAGAUGUUAAGAAGGGAGCAUGUCACGGUGACUCUGGUGGUCCUUUGACUGUGGAAGGAAAACUUGUUGGUCUUGUUUCCUGGUCCAAAGGUUGUGCAGAAAUUGAUCAUCCGACUGUCUAUACUAGAGUAUCUAAAUUUUUGGACUGGAUCGACGAAAAUGCGAUCUGA